CCCCACACCCACCCUUGGGUGGGACCCAAUUAUUGACAAAUCCCAAGACUCUUCUAAUGUAAGUUAUUCUCUAUCAUCACUCCCACCUUCUUUCCCAAGUUUGUGUUGUCUCUGUGUGUGUGUGUGUGAGGCCCCAGCAGAUCCAGAAACUCCCAAUUCUCUCUCUCUCUCACACACACACACACAAACACAAACACACAGCACACUCUCUCUCUCUCUUCUCUUUUAUUUAGUCUUUGCUUGUUGACAAAUUUAAAACCUCCUCCUUUCAUGGCUUCCUUUCUCUUUUACACACCACUCAAAACUCUCCCACCUCCUCUCUUUCCCCAAAUGUCAGCUUUCUCUCCAAGUUUUUGACCUCAUUCCAUUCUCCUUCUUCUUCUCUCUCUCUCUUCCUUUCUCUCUCCUCCUUAUUCUCUCUGAUAAUUACCCUUCUACUCCAAUAUAAUAAGUGUGUCUGUGUUCAAUUUUGACUGAAAUAUCAUAAAACAUAUACUCUUGUUUCGCCGUUGGUUUAUUAUUUCAUCUUUCGUGUAUCAGGUGAAUUGAAGCGAAUAUGCAGUGUAUUCCUGUGUAUUACUAUGCACGGGAUCUUAACCUAGGUGCAAGUGGAUUUUCUUUGCACCGAUUUGAUAGUAAUACUAAUUAUGGAGAAGAACGAGUCUACAACAACGUUUCUUUGCCACUAAGUAAUACGAACCAGUGCUUAGGUUACGAUAAGACGAUGCUGAGUCAGAUAAUGCAGAAUCAUGAGUCCACUUUCAGAUAUCAGGUCCAGGAACUUCAUCGGCUGUACAGAAGGCAGAGGGAGUUGAUGCGUGAAACGAAGGCACGAGAUUUACAAUCUCAAACAUCAGAAUCGUGUAAUUCUUUGUCUCGAACGACGUCACAACACGCAACAAGCUGGCUCCUUGGUUAUAACAUUCAACAAACUCCAAAUUUUGUUGCAAUAAAAUCUCGAGAACACACGACCUUCCACCCUGUCCCUUUCGUAAGUGAAAACAGUUACAGUGAAGUCAAGUUUCUGCCGUCAACAAGUAGUACAGUAGACGAAAAAAGCUCCUGUCUUGAACUUCACCACAGCAGUAAAAAACCUUGUCUUAUUGAUCUGAACGAACCUGCACAGAGCGAACCAUAUGUUUCCGUUGAUGGCGGCUCACGUGGUGUAAAUUCUUCAGCGCGUUUCGAUUUGAAUUGUACACCUGUCAGUUGUUUCUCCGAGCCAGAAAUUACUACUGCAGUUCUUGAUUGUAGCAGUAGUUCUGCCUGUGAUCAAGCAACUAGCAAUGGGAAGUGUGUUGAAGACAAUAAUCCCGUUUUACACCCGAAGAUCAACAAUAACAAGUUCUUGAAAACUGAAACUUACAUCAUCGACUUGAACAGUGCGGUAGUACUUGCGGACGAGCCUUGUCCACUUAAAUCUUUGGUGGAUCCCGUAAGCCCAGAUAACGAGAAGUGCUCUCCCCCUCGAGGCAAGUCAGAGGACGGACAGCUGUCGGUGGGGCCCGAUAUGGUUGCUGCUCAGACUUUACUGACAAUCUCUUGUUCAAUAACCGAGCCACUGGUGAACUCAGAAAAUCGACUAUUCUGGUUUGCUGAAAUUGUUUCUUCAAUUCGAGACGGUGACGAUCUUGGGAAGGAAAGAGGUGUUUCGUCUCGUUCUGGGGUGGGCCCCACAAGGAGAACGAGGCAGCGCAAGGACUUUGAAACGGCUCCGUUGAAAAGAUACGGAGGAGUCAAGAGAGCAUGUGUGGAACGAAAGCCAACGAGCUCGACUUUGAAGAGGUUUUCUACACGGUGUAAAAUGGCUGUUGUGAAGGAUUGGGGGAAGGUAAGAAAACGGCAAGAAGGUUAUAGGCGUAGAGCUCGUAAAUUUGUUGUUCUUUAGCUCAUAAGUUGUGAAGGAAUGAAACUUUUGAUUCAGUGUAGGGGUAUCUUUUUGAAGCAUACUAUGUUUUUGUAUAUAUUUUGAGGGCCAAUUCCACUUUUCCCCUUUUACUAU